UUUGGCGAUAAUUGCUUGUAUAUUUUAUUCGUCGGAAUAACAGCCGAAAUUUUGACUUGAUGGAGCUCCGGCCAGGCCAUUCCGCACUUGUCACCGGCGGCGCUGCCGGAAUCGGCCAAGCGCUGGUGCUGGCUCUAGCACGGAGAGGAGUUUUCAUCACGAUUGUGGAUUUUUCUGGAGAGAGAGGGAGAGAAGUGGUCUCGCUUGCUGAGAAGGAAGUUGCCAAGUUCCACAAAACCGGAUUGGAAUUUCCGCCUGUAAUCUUCGUCAAAUGCGAUGUCACCGAUUCAGCUGGAUUGGCUGCGGCUUUCGAGAAGCAUGUUGAGACUUACGGAGGAUUGGAUGUUUGCAUUUCCUGUGCGGGGAUUGUGACUCCUAUCAUGUUUCAUAAGGAUAAAACUGAUGGAUCUAAAUCGUGGAGACGCGCCGUUGAUGUCAAUUUUCUUGCCGUUAUUAGCACCACUCAACUUGCGAUUAGGGUAAUGGAAGAAUCUGAGAAACCUGGGGUCAUUAUUAAUGUCGGCUCUGCCUCAGGGUUAUAUCCAAUGUAUGCUGAUCCAAUCUACUCAGGCUCUAAAGGAGGAGUAGUUAUGUUCUCAAGAUCACUCGGUUUUUACAAGCGUCGAGGAAUCCGUGUAAAUGCACUAUGCCCUGAGUUUGUUCAGACUGAGUUGGCAGCUAAGGUAGAUCCUAAGUUUAUCAAAUUGGUCGGGGGCUAUGUGCCAAUGGAAAUGGUUGUGAAAGGUGCCUUUGAACUUAUUAGCAAUGAAACUAAAGCUGGGGCUUGCUUGUGGAUCUCUAACCGAAGGGGCUUGGAGUAUUGGCCAAGUCCUGAUGAAGAAGAAAAAUUCCGUGUACACCCAAGGACGACAAGAAGAAAAUAUGUUGAUGUGGCCCCAGUGAAUAUCCAGAUUCCCCAAAGUUUUGAGAAGAUAAUUGUUCACACUCUGAGUCAGAACUUCCGUAGUGCAACAAGUGUGGUCCGGACAUCAUUGAGAUUUCCACUUGAAGCAAAUGAUGUUCUCUUGAAAAUUAUAUAUGCUGGAGUUAAUGCUAGUGAUGUAAAUUUUAGCUCAGGAAGGUAUUUCAGCGGGGGGAGUAAAGAGAUUGCUUCCCGCCUUCCAUUUGAUGCUGGCUUUGAGGCUGUUGGCAUAAUUGCUGCUGUAGGGGAUUCAGUUAAGCACUUAAAAGUUGGCACUCCAGCUGCAAUCAUGACAUUUGGAAGUUAUGCUGAAUUUACAAAGGUACAUUCCAAACACAUCCUUCCUGUGGCAAGACCAGAUCCAGAAGUUGUUGCAUUGCUGACGUCUGGCCUAACCGCCUCCAUCGCUUUAGAAAAGGCAGCACAAAUGGACUCAGGAAAGACGGUCCUUGUCACUGCUGCUGCAGGAGGAACAGGGCAAUUUGCCGUCCAGCUAGCAAAAUUGGCUGGAAAUAAAGUUAUUGCAACAUGCGGAGGUAAGGAUAAGGCACAGCUUUUGAAGGACUUGGGAGUGGAUCGAGUCAUCGACUAUAAAGUUGAAGACAUUAAGACUGUUCUAAAGAAUGAGUUCCCCAAAGGCAUCAACAUUGUUUACGAGUCAGUUGGUGGCGACAUGUUUGACCUCUGUUUGAACGCCUUGGCAACUUACGGACGCUUGGUUGUGAUCGGGAUGAUCUCCCAGUAUCAAGGUGAACAUGGCUGGAAGCCGCGGAACUACCCCGGGCUAUGCGAAAAGAUUCUAGCCAAGAGCCAGACUGUGGCCGGAUUUUUCUUAGUACAUUAUGCCCGAUUCUGGCAACAACAUCUAGAUAAGCUAGUCGAUCUAUACACCUCCGGGAAGCUCAAGGUUUCAUUAGACCCGAAAACAUUCUUGGGCGUUCAUUCGGUUGCUGAUGCAGUCGAUCAUCUCCAUUCUGGUAAAAGUGUUGGCAAGGUUGUGGUGUGCAUCGAUCCAUCGUUCGGACAUCAAUCUGCCAAGUUAUGAAAUGAAGAUGAUGGAACGGCAGAAUUCUGACUUUUUAUGUAACGACAAGAGGAAGAAGAAGAAAUAAGACAAGUUGGCAACGAUGAUGAUGAGUUAAGGUAAGGCUUGAAUUUGUACUCUUGUUUGUAACUACUAAAAAUAAAUUGGUAUUAUUUAUCUAAGCUUCGUUCUAAAUGUAUCGAUUUAUUGUAUGUAGAAUAAGGAAUAUUACCAAUGGGUAUAUAAAUAUUAGUGUGUA